GCCGGACAGCAUCGAAACUGAAAGCAUACACAACCCACCCACCUGCACCUUCACCAGCACGGCGAAGCAUCAGCACCUGCGAUUGUUGACAAAAUUUUCGAGCAAAACAAGACCCGCAGUUCGGCGUCAGCACUGCACUGUGUCUGGAUUCUCCUCUCUCCUUCCACUUGCAGGCGAACGCUCGGAACAGCGACAAACCCCUCGCAUCGCCAUCCCCCAUCCAUCCCUCUCUAUCCCCAUCGCAAUCGUCUCCAGACGGACCGCAUCGAUACCAUCCAUCCACCAACCGCCAUCACCUGGCAUCCAGAUCCCACCCACGGCUCUGCAUCUGCGCCUCGCCUCUGCGGUUCGAUCUGAUCUCACCGAAAGCAAAUCGAGUCUUGCCCCGAUUAAGAUUCAAGGUUGCUGUGGACCGUGAACCUUGGACUCCCGCCCCCCGCUUGUUCCACGCAGCAAAACUUUAGUUGCAUCAAGCCCAGGCCGACUUUCUCUCCCUUUCGGAAACCCCCCCCCUCCCUCUUCUCCCACUACCACCGCCAACCCGCUUCGUUUGCUGGAGAGAGACCCGUUCUUCCUCCGAACCAGGCAUCCAAACCGCAACCAUGGAGGGCUCUUCAGAUAUCAACACCGUCCUCACCAACUCGCUGAGUCCUGACGCGACCCUGCGACAUGCUGCCGAACAGCAGCUCAGCCAAGCCGCUCAGACAAACUUCUCUCAAUACCUCGUGACACUUGUCCAAGAGUUGGCAAAUGAGAGCGCCCAGAGCCACAUCCGAGCGGCGGCCGGUAUCGCCCUCAAGAACGCCUUCAGUGCUCGCGAGUUCGCUAGGCAAGCAGAGCUCCAAGCAAAAUGGCUUCAGCAGACAGACCAAGACACAAAGACACGGGUGAAACAGCUCACCCUCGAGACCCUCGCCUCCAGCAGUACCCAGGCAAGCCAGGCCUCGGCGCAGGUUAUCGCGGCUAUCGCUACCAUCGAGUUACCACGAAACGAGUGGCCAGACCUUAUGCACGCCCUGGUCAAGAAUGUUAGCGAGGGAAGCGAGCACCAGAAGCAGGCCUCUCUGACCACCAUCGGCUUCAUCUGCGAGAGUCAAGAUGUCGAUCUACGAAACAGCCUGGUUCAACAUUCCAAUGCCAUCCUCACAGCUGUUGUCCAAGGUGCUCGUAAGGAGGAGCCCAACCGCGAAGUUCGACUUGCCGCCAUUACCGCCCUCGGCGACUCUCUUGAGUUUGUCGGUAACAACUUUAAGCAUGAGGGCGAGCGCAACUACAUUAUGCAGGUUAUUUGCGAGGCGACACAGGCCGAGGACUCUCGGAUACAGCAGGGUGCUUAUGGUUGCCUCAACCGCAUCAUGGCCCUCUACUACGAGAACAUGCGCUUCUACAUGGAAAAGGCUUUGUUUGGUCUCACCAUCCUGGGCAUGAAGAGCGAUGACGAGGAUGUGGCCAAGCUUGCAGUUGAGUUCUGGAGUACCGUUUGCGAAGAGGAGAUUGCUAUCGAAGAUGACAAUGCUCAGGUUGAGAGCUCGGAGCAGAUGCGCCCCUUCUACAACUUCGCCCGCGUUGCUACACUCGAAGUGGUCCCUGUGCUCCUACAGCUCCUCACCAAGCAAGAUGAGGAUGCGGCUGAUGACGAGUACAACAUUUCGCGUGCCGCGUACCAGUGUCUCCAACUCUAUUCUCAGGCUGUUGGUGCGGCAAUCAUCCAGCCAGUCAUCCAGUUCGUUGAAGCCAACCUUCGCGCUGACGACUGGCACCUCCGUGAUGCCGCUGUUUCUGCUUUCGGUGCCAUGAUGGACGGCCCCGAGGAGAAGUUGCUUGAGCCUAUCGUCAAGUCUGGCAUGCAGCCCUUGAUCGGCAUGAUGGAGGACCCCUCUUUACAUGUUCGUGACUCGACCGCAUACGCUCUUGGCAGAAUUACAGAAACUUGCUCGGAAGUGAUCGAUCCUGCUGUUCACCUUGACCCCUUGAUCACCUCCCUGUUCAACGGCCUCAUGAGCAGCCCCAGAAUGGCCGCGUCCUGCUGCUGGGCUUUGAUGAACCUCGCGGAGCGUUUUGGCGGCGAAUAUGGUGCCGCGCAAAACCCCAUUACUCCUCACUUCAACCAGUGCGUGACCAACUUGCUCGCCGUGACGGCGAAGCUUGACGGUGACGCUACAGUUCGCACCGCUGCCUACGAGGUUCUUAACGUGUUUGUGCAGAAUGCUGCCAACGACAGUCUCCCUGCUGUUGCAUCCCUCUCGGAUGUUAUCCUUCAACGUUUGGAGGAAACACUGCCCCUGCAAUCCCAAGUUGUCAGCGUUGAAGACAAGAUCACUCUCGAGGAUAUGCAGACCAGUCUCUGCACCGUGCUCCAGGCAAUCAUUCAGCGCCUGGACAAGGAGAUCACUCCCCAAGGCGACCGCAUCAUGCAGGUUCUGCUUCAGCUCUUGAACACUAUUAAUGGCAAGUCGGCUGUUCCUGAAGGUGUCUUCGCAGCCAUCAGCGGCCUUGCGAACGCCAUGGAGGAGGACUUUGCCAAGUACAUGGACGCUUUUGCUCCCUUCCUGUACAAUGCCCUGGCAAACCAGGAAGAGCCGAGUCUCUGCUCCAUGGCUAUCGGCCUGGUCAGCGAUAUCACUCGCUCCAUGGGCGAACGCAGCCAGCCAUACUGCGAUCAGUUCAUGAACUAUCUCCUUAACAAUCUUAGGAGCACUGCUCUUGCCAACCAGUUCAAGCCUGCAAUCUUGCAGUGCUUCGGCGAUAUUGCUGGCGCUAUUGGCGGUCACUUUGAGGCUUACCUCUCGGUUGUUGCUGUUGUCCUUCAGCAGGCUGCUACCGUUACCGCUUCCGCCGAGGGCUCUUAUGAGAUGUUCGACUAUGUGAUCUCUCUCCGUGAGGGUAUUAUGGACGCCUGGGGUGGCAUCAUUGGUGCCAUGAAGGGCAGCGAUAAGACCAACGUUCUCGAGCCCUACGUUCAGUCGAUCUUUGAGCUUCUUAACACUAUUGCUCAGGAUCCUAACCGCAGCGAAGCCCUUAUGCGGGCCGCUAUGGGUGUCAUCGGUGAUCUUGCGGACGCAUAUCCCAACGGCCAGCUGGCCGAAGUCUUCCGUCAGGACUGGAUCACCGCCAUGAUCAAGGAGACUCGGUCGAACCGCGAGUUCCAGCAGCGUACCAUUGAGACUGCUCGGUGGGCGCGCGAGCAGGUCAAGCGUCAGAUCAGCGGCACCCAGGGCAUGAUCCAGACAUGAGGUUCACUCAGCCCUGAGGACAAUCCCAAAGGUGCUCUCUCAGCUCGUCGGCCCUCAGGGCCACUAGCGUCACUUCAAGCACUUCACUCCCGUAGUCGCUUUGGAAGAUGCAUUAUCCCAUCACUACCCCCAAGCCCCUUAGCAGCAAAUCCCUGACGAACGCGACACGAUUCCACGACACUACACCCAAUCCCUCCAGUAACACGAUGCACAAAUGAUGUGAUACAAGCCCCCUCGAUGGUUUUGCACUAAUUUAUACAUCAUGUUCGUUUAAAUGACACUUCACACAGCACCAACACACCUUUAUAUCCCUCGUCCCCCUUGCGCGCGGCUGCUAGCACUGGUUUGUUAUUUGGUAACACGAAUCCUGGGCGUUAUUCGGGUCAGCGAUAGAGAAGAAGGAGGAAAACGAGAGAAGAGAUUUAUCAUGUACUGCGCGUCACCCUGUAGCACACGUUUCCCUUUGAUAUCCAAGGCAAAAGGAAGAAGGAAGUGCAUCAUAGGGCGAUCCGACGCAGAACGCACAAUCAUGUAGAGACACACGAAGAAAGAAACCAUUCCCUCAAAACAAACAAUCCCUUGUUAUGCAUACUCCCACUCCCACUUAUAUUUUACUUACCUUUGUUCACACCACUUGUCCGAACUACCUACAACAACAUGUAACAUUUAACAUUCAACAGGAGAAGGAAGUAUGUCAAGGCACAGGCGGGAAUAUUGGACUUUCUCUCGGGGGAUCAUUCACAUGUACCCUCACAGUCGUAUAUGGGUUGGCUACGGCAAGAACAAGGCUCUUGUUUGAUGAAGCUAACACGAUAUGAUAUCAGAAGAAGUGUUCUUGUCUAGUAGAAACAGCGAAGCAGAAAAAAAAAAAAAGAAAAAAGAAAAUAAAAAGACAGUUGCUAGGCUCAAUGUAAACUAUAACUUCCUCC